AUGCACCAAUCACUAGCCGACUUUAACCUGGAUAUUGCAGAUGGCAGAUUCGACAUCCUGUCUAAAGAACAAUGUCGGAACACAUUCGCCGUGAGCUACCUCCACGGCCACAGGUCUUUGGCUGUCUUGUCAAAUAAUCUGACCUGGGACCUGGAAGACCCCGUCAAAUUUGCGGCGAUUGCAAACUCCCCAAUAGACUAUGAAUCAGUCGAGGCACGGAGCCCAUUUUCUUGGAUGUGUCCCUCCCGCGACGACUCUGUCUGCACCUCAUCAACAAUCCAGAAGCAGAUAUCUGAUUGGAAGAUCUUGGCAUCUGUUUUGGAAGAACCAACAUGGACCAUCACUGCACCUUUGGAUAAUGGCUCGGUGACAUAUACUCAAGAGAACUACACACGUUGCAGCAACGAGACGUCAUCUUGCUUGAACAUGUUCUCUCUGGCUUGGUUCCUCUGGGGAACCUCCGUCACCCCGCCGGGUGGAAUCCUACCUGUCACAACACAAGAUCUUCAACAAUACCUUGGAUCAAGUUCUGUGUGGGGGGACGAGAUGACUUGGGCAGAAAAAGUAACCUAUCAGCAGUCUGGCUCACAGUGCUCCAGAUAUCAAAUUCUGAACUCGCCCAAUACCAUUGGUUACUUUGACUAUCCCUCAAUUGGACUUUACACUGUUGAUGGUUGUAUAAGUAUCAAGGGCGAGGAAAGAUGUCAGCUCCUUUUCAGCCCGACCUUUUCCCUUGUGGUGCUUGUGUGUACAGCAGUCAAAGUUGCUUGUAUUCUGUUUGUCGCCCGCGGAGAGCGAGCUCACCGGCUUUUGACCGUUGGUGAUGCAAUCGCGUCCUUCCUCUCAAAUCCGGAUCCAUUUACCACUGGGUGCUGCACAUCAUCAAAAUCCGAUUGGAUCAGGCGCUCCCGGCUGGAUGGGGCAGCUAAACAUAGAUAUGAGGGGGUUGCUCAACAGAGGUUAGAUACUCGUACACGGCGAUGGUGGCAAGCUGCUGCUAUCGGGCAAUGGGCUUCUACGCUCGGUCUAUCUUUAUCAUGUCUUGGUGUGGCAGGAUUUCUACUCCAUCGCGGUUUGCAAGACAAUAGACUAGGUUCCGUCGGUGGGACACAUUGGUCUGCUCUCUGGAGUCUUGGACUAGGCUCUGCUAGUCCCUACACAUUGAUAUAUCGCUUGCACACCACCUUACUUGGCAAUGUUCUUCUAGCCAAUACCCCACAACUUCUUCUUUCCGUCUCAUACUACUUCUACAAUGCUACCUUGACUGCAAUGUUCAUGGCAAACGAAUAUGAGAAUUACGCAAUUAGGGGGAUGCGCCACAAUUCCACAGUCGAAACACUGCAAAUUCAACCGGCAAAGGGACUUCGCGUGUCGAGUAAUCGGAGUGGUGCUCAACGCUCAUUCUAUUUCCUCAGUCUCCCAUUCCGAUACAGUGUCCCACUAAUGUUAACAUACACUGUGCUGCACUGGCUUCUGUCUCAAGCCAUCUUCUAUGUCCAAAUAUAUAUGUAUGAUGCAGACAUGUAUCACGACCCAAGCCUUGACGUUGAUGCGUGCGCGUGGUCGCCGAUUGCUCUCAUAUUGACCAUCAUCGUUGGGUCUUUGAUGAUCAUGGCACUUUUGGGCUUAGCAAUGAGACCUUUUCGCUCGGUUAUACCACUUGCUGGGAGUUGCAGUGCUGCAAUCAGCGCUGCUUGUCAUCCACCGGAAGAUGAUGUGGAUGCAGCACUGAAACCCAUCAUGUGGGGGGAGAUUCAUUUGAAUCAGCAUUCCCCCUCUGCGGAUUAUUUUUCACCCCUUGCAGUGGCCGGGGAAGCUCAUGUCGAGAUGAAUGUGCUUGAUAUGCAAGGCAAAGGGAAAGUUAUGCAGGACCUUCCACGCUGCACCUUUACAUCGAUGCGUGUAGAGCGACCUACACUUCUCCAGACAUACGAAUAG